AUGCUAACGGAAGAAAAUAAAAAAUUUAUUGAGGAACAAAUAGUUGAAAAGUAUGGACCAGCAACAGAUAAACAUGGUUUCAAAACUUAUGAACAUACACCAUUACAAAAAGAACCCUUACUUAGAGGAAAAUGGUUUCCCAAUUGUAGACGAUCAGGUCUUAUAGGUAUCAAAAUUGGUGUAUUACCCCAAUGGCAUACAAAUGGUAAACCUUUAUUAACAACUUUAAUUCAGAUAGUAGAUAAUCAUGUUAUUAGUUAUAUUCCUCCUAAAGAUUUUAUAGUUAACAAGAAAAGACUUGGGAGAAGAUUUUAUAAAGAAGGAAAAUUAGGAUGUUUAGUUGUCGGUUCUGUAAAUUGUGAUCCACAAAUGUUUACAAGAGAAUAUAAUGGUUUAUUCGCUAAAGCAGGAGUUAUGCCGAAAAAAUUAUUAACUAGAUUUCCCAUUCAUCCAUGUGCUGCCAUACAACCUGGAACACCACUUUAUGCAGCUCAUUUUAAAGUCGGUGACUAUGUAGACAUAACUGGUAAAACAAUAUACAGAGGUUUUCAAGGUGUUAUGAAAAGAUGGGGAUAUAAAGGAAUGCCAGCAUCUCAUGGUGUAACAAAAACUCAUAGAAGACCUGGAAAUAUAGGUUCGGGUGGUGAAAAAGCUAGAGUUUUUCCAGGUACUAAAAUGCCAGGUGUUCAAGGUAAUAAAAUGAGAACGACAAGAGGAUUAACCAUUUGGAAAAUAGAUCAUAAAUAUAAUGUAUUAUAUGUGUCCGGAGACAAUAUUCCCGGUGAUGUUAAUAGUUUUGUUUAUGUUCACGAUACAGUUUUACCUCACAAGAGAUUAACAGAAUCCCCACGUUUUCCAACUUACUACGAAGAAGAUUAUAGGGAAAAUCCACUUCCCGAAGAAGAUUAUCAUCCGAAAAUAUUUAAUUUUUCCAAUCCGUCGAUAACGUUCGAAGUUGAAAAGAAAGGAAAAAAAAAGAAAUAA